AUGAGAGUUAAACACGGGGAAAUUGCAACAUCUCGACCGAAGUUCGACACGACGGUGGCUAGUAGCUCGCAUAAAAGUGAAGAAGUGGAAUAUUUGGAGGCGAUAGGGGAAGAAAAUACUGAGAAAUUGAUGAGAAUGGCCAGGCCAUAUCCAGACUUCAAGUUUGCUCGAGGGGCAAAUGCUCUGCAGAUAGCGGUAAGUGCGGAAAAAUUUAAAAGCGUCCAAGUCCUGUUAGACGCAGGCUUAGAUGCAUCCCUGAAAGAUAUGUGGGGAACUUCAGCACUCGAUACGGCCAUUGAAAAGAAGUUAGUGGAAACAGUUCAACUCAUUUUGAGCUACACCUCAGACAUAUCCAAAAGAAUACGUCUGUCUUCAGAAGGGUUACAUAUCGCUGCUAGAUUUGGUCACAUGGAAACUGUUAAAUGUCUCAUUGAUGAUGGAGCAGAUAUCAAUAUGCCGGACCCAACGUUACAGAAUGCGCCACUCCAUUUGGCUGCUUAUAACGGACACUGUUCUGUUAUGCAACUUUUGAUCUCGAAAGGUGCAAAUCUCGAAGCAACAGAGAUAAAUUCAAAAACGCCAUUAUGGCGGGCGAUUGAGGGAUACAUAAGAUACUCAAAGCUCUGCAAUUUAGAUGCCAUUGCACUACUUCUUGAAGCAGGCGCAAAUGUCGAAGCCAGGUCAAAUCCUACAACAUGGGAGUCACUUCUAGAAUAUACUGUUAGACUAUGUGAACCCCAAGACAAAGCCAUAAAAGCUACUAAACUACUCCUCGAAUAUGGUGCUCGAAUAUGGUGCUCGAAUCGAGGAAAAAGUCUGGCCGUUACUCCCUCCCGAUUUGCAGCUGCAAUAUGCCCACCAACGUUAGUGAACGAGAUAGAGAUUCGGUCCAGGAAAGCUGUUGUUGCAAAUGGGAUAAGCCGAGGGCGAGUAAGAUGA